AUGGGAAUCGCGGCUCUGUUGGCCUUGAACGCAUUCGUGGUCAUUCUGGUCUCACUACUCCGCGAUCUGCAGACGUUCGAGAGGAUCUCUCGUUGUCAAGCAGAAGAGCUGGCCGAGAGACAGACCCUUGACCUAUACCGGAUCGGGCACGAUAUGAAAAACAAUGCAACUUUAAUCCAGGCAGUAUGCGAGGUGCCCGAUGCGGACAACAGAAUUCUGGAAACUGUCAAGUCCAUAAACAUUCUGGGUAACGUGCUAGUGUCUGAUAUGGUGGACAUGGUCAACGGCAAGCAAGCACAUCGUGUUGUCCCCAAAGAAGAUGUUGACGUUACAGAACUGUUGAACGUCUAUUCCAUGGUCGGUACGGGAAUGCUGCUGUUGGAGGGAAAGGACAAGGACGUCACAGUGGGCGUGCGAAUCGCCGGCAGCGAAAAAUUCGAAGUAUACACCAACAGGGAGCGCCUCCAUCAAAUAAUGUGUAACUUGCUGAGCAACGCCGUGAAGUACACACAGACCGGGAAAAUCGUUCUGGUCGCCGGGUGUUGUUCGGAAAACACCGUUGAGAUUCGCGUCGUGGACAGCGGAAUCGGUCUAUGUGAGGCAGACGUUUGCAGAGUUUUUGAUCUUUUUUUCAGGAGCAGACGAGCAUCACAGAUCAGUUCGGGAACUGGCCUUGGUUUGUCCAACGUGAGAAACAUUUGUGACGCGAUAGGCGCGAAGAUAGGAGUUUCGAGUCCCGGCGAGGGAAAAGGAUGCACGUUCACGCUUGUGUUGCCACGAAGACGUCGCAGCAUCUUCUCCGGUCACGGGCAGAUAUCGAUGCAAUUUUCGUUUCGCGUUCUGGCGAUGGACGAUUCAAUCGUGAUCCUGAGACUGUUGUCGAAAUAUUUUACUUCGUUUGGUUGCGAGGUUGUGAAUGCGUGUUCGGCCGAAGAGUCUCGUGCUCUUCUUGGUCAACCAAACCAAGAAAAGUUUGAUGUGGUCAUCACCGACAGCUUCAUGGGAGACGAAACGGGGAUAGAUGUUAUUCACAGCUUGCGGAGAGGUGCUGUAAGGGGAUUACCAAGUGAUUUGCCAUGCAUUCUUUGCAGCGGAGACAGUCACGAGUUCGACGACCCCAGAACUGUUUCGAUCACGAAACCUUUCUCGUCGGCCGACAUUGCUGAUGCUCUGAACAUUUUUGCGACGUCAGACGUUAGAGAGCAACGAGUCUAA